AUGGAUGCGGACAAUGCAACAACCCCAUGGCGUUUCGCCCAAUGCUUUGGUGACAAGGGCGAUGUAGAAGACAUAACAGAGGCCGAUAUCAUAUCCACCGUCGAAUUCGACCACACUGGUGAUUACCUCGCCACAGGAGACAAGGGGGGACGUGUAGUAUUGUUUGAGAGGAACGAACAGAAACGAGGCUGCGAAUACAAGUUUUACACUGAAUUUCAAUCCCACGAACCCGAAUUCGACUAUUUGAAAUCGUUAGAAAUUGAGGAGAAGAUCAACAGGAUCAAGUGGUGCAAAAGACAGAACGCCGCUCACUUCCUUUUGAGUACCAACGACAAAACAAUCAAAUUAUGGAAAGUGUUCGACAAGCAGAUCAAGGUCGUCGCAGAGAACAAUCACUCCGACGGCUAUCCCUCUGGCGGGACUGGGCCAUCACAAACACCCCUUCGCUUACCUAGAAUGACAACGCACGACUCCAUCACUGCAGCUGUACCUCGGAAAGUUUACGCCAACGCACAUGCUUACCACAUCAAUUCCAUAUCAGUCAAUUCAGAUGGGGAGACCUACGUAUCUGCGGAUGACUUGAGAAUCAAUCUGUGGAACCUAAAUAUUAGUGAUCAAAGUUUCAACAUCGUUGAUAUCAAGCCUGUUAACAUGGAGGAGCUGACUGAGGUCAUCACUGCUGCCGAAUUCCACCCUGUACAUUGUAACCUUUUCAUGUACUCUAGCUCAAAAGGUACUAUCAAGUUGGCGGACAUGAGGGAUUCAGCCCUAUGCGAUCAACACUCGAAACUCUUCGAAGAAGAAGAGGAUCCUACACAGAAAUCAUUCUUUUCCGAAAUCAUCUCAUCCAUAUCAGAUGUGAAAUUUUCCAAGGAUGGACGCUAUAUUCUGUCGCGAGAUUACUUGACACUGAAGAUCUGGGACAUCAAUAUGGAGAACAAACCCGUCAAAACAAUCAACAUACAUGACCACCUCAGACAAAAGCUUUGUGAUCUCUACGAGAAUGACUGCAUUUUUGACAAAUUUGAGUGUACUUUCAGUGGUGACGGAAGUCAAGUGCUUACAGGGUCAUAUCACAACUAUUUCCGCAUUUACGACGUUAAUGGAGAAAACGAUUUACAUGCGAGUUGGCAUCCUCGAGAAAACACCAUUGCGAUUGCUGCCACAAACAAUCUCUUCCUGUACUCUACAUUGUCAUGA